ACUGUCGGAAAGAGGGGCUUACAAGUCUAUUUUCAAGGGUUGCCCGGGAAAUCAAAUUCUUUGUAUCUAUAGCAAAAUUUUCAGUAUUGCUAGGUUCAUUUCAUAUUUCAUUCGUAUUUUGACAAAUGUGCCUGUUCUAGAAAGCAGUUUUGUAUUGCACACGUUGACUUCCUGAUAAUUAAAACGAUAAAAAUAUGUGAGUGGAAAUACAUAUUCCACAGUGAAGCACACUGCCAAAUUAAGGUGUCGGAUUGAGGACUGAUCAAUCGUACGUUUGUGGAGAUGUGGAGGAAGUACUUUUUUUAUUUAAAUUUGUAUAUUUAACCCACCCACCCGAAAAGAGUUUGACGUAUUUUCCACGUCUUUUGAAUGACCUGUACUUGAAUAGCCUUAGAAGGAGGUUACAAUUGUAAUGAAAGCCUUGGAAAAUUUGUGAAACCAAUCAUUAAUAAUGUUCCUCUGUCAAAUUAAGCACGGACUCUGCCCUCAUGUCACAAGGCUCUAUAGACAAGGUAUACUUGCUUGUUCGGAUCAUUUUAAGAAUCGUCAAUUUUGUGGUGACAAGGAACCAUCAAUAUCAUCAGUAGGUUCAAUGAGUUUUGUGUCUCGACGGUUUUUCUACAGCUCAAAUAAUUGUUGGUUUUGGGAAAAAGAUAUUAAAAGUGGGUAUGGAUCUAAAGAAAAACAUUCACGAAUUCAAAUGAUUCGUGAUGGACUCCAGGAGUUGCGUAACGAAAUUGGCCUUUGGAAAGAUGAAAUUACAGAGAAACUGCAUUGUGAUCCAAUCGUGUGUUACAGACCAGGUGAAGUUGAUGUUAUGUGGAAAUUUGACAAUCCAGAAAGUCUUUCUCGAUGGGUUGCAACAAGUGAUUGUGAUCAUGGUGAAGGCUUUAGUAAUUGCAAUUUGUCCAUUACUUCAGGAAAGAAAUGUUUAUUUUCUGGAACACUGAAUACAACUGUACCAAAAGAUGGACGUAUAAAGAAAGCUGGAUAUUGUAAUAUGUCCUGUCAUCGUGCUAGGAAAUCUUUCAAGAGAGAAGCAUAUUUUGAGUGGAAUCAAUAUACACAUAUAGUUCUUCGUGUUCGUGGAGAUGGUCGUAGCUACCUUCUAAAUUUAGCAACUUCCGGUUACUAUGAUAUUAUGUGGAAUGACAUUUUUCAUUACGUUCUGUUCACAAGAGGUGGUCCAUACUGGCAAAUAACAAAAAUACCUUUCUCAAAAUUCUUCUUAGGAAGUAAGGGUCGUGUGCAAGAUAAGCAAUAUCCAAUUCCUUUAAAUAGAAUUACAAGUCUUGGAAUUUCUGUAGGUGAUGGUAUCAAUGGCCCUUUUAACCUUGAAAUUGAUUACAUUGGUCUAGAAUUUGACCCCACUCAUCAAGAAAAAUUUGCUUAUGAGAUGUACAGAACAGACAAUUUUAUUGCAGGCUAUUAAUGAAUGAUGUUAUGAACUUCCUUUGACAAAUAAUGAGAUAGCACUCUUAUUGGUUGUUUUGUUUAUCUUGCUGUGUUGGAAAAAAAUAUAUGUUCUAACCAAACUGAAUAAAAGCAAAGAAUGAAUUGAUAACUGAUAUUAUAUUGCCAAUAAGGCACUAUAUGACUACCGUUACUGAUGUAACGUAUUGUACCUAGUCUAAUAAUGCCAUUGUACAAGUAUUGCACAUAUUGCUUUAUCAGCAAAGAGAUUUCUUUUUCUGUACAACGUAUUGAACAGGUGUUUUUGAAAUUUUUUUAGUAAAAAAAAUUUACUAUUUUAAUUUUAGUGACCUUUGUUACUGGCAUGUGUGUCUCUUCAAUUAAUAUAGUAUUUUUGUUAUCCUUUCCCUAUUAUGUAAAGGUUUAUACCAAAUUUCCUUGGUUACAUGAAUAGAAAUGUGAGAAGUAAUAUGGCCCUUAAGUGUUUAAACUGAUGUCAGCGAUGUUAUUGAAAUAUCUUUGUUAUUUCACAGCUUGAAGCAUCAGCGACACAAGUUAUUUUCCCACACUUCUUUGGAUUUGAUAUAUCACUAAUGUCUCUUGGUUUAUAGCCAAACGGUUUAUAGCCAUAAAUCUUUUAUUUCAAGCUCGUCACUUUGCUCUUUUCUUACAACAUUAUUUUAAAUAGCCUUACAACAUUAUUUCAAAUGUUCAUGGAAUAUUGAAUGUAUGCUGAUCCCUGGUCCUUGAUGGAGCUUCAUCACCAAAAAUUGAAUUAAGUUCAUCCAUGCACUGUUGCUGAGUUAAUCCA